UUUUCUUUCCAACACCGGCUCCAUCUGCUCCGGUUCCAAAGUGGAUCGGUUUCCUCGGGUUGAAAACUGGAAUCUUUGCCUUUUGCUCCGAUUCGUUGCUUCCUCUAUAGUACUUACAAUCAAAUCUCCAAUAGAAAGCACUGGGGGCGCAUCACGCACCUGGCCCAAAUUAAUCACCAAAUCCUCCUUUUGAUUUUGCUGAGCUAGUAAUAUGGCAGAUGUUUGGGCAUGGCUCCUCUUCUUCUUCAUUCUCAUUUCUCUUCUUGUCAUGGUUGUUUUUCAGCUGAUGUGCUUAUCAGAUCUAGAGUUUGAUUAUAUCAACCCAUACGACUCUGCAACUCGUAUAAAUGGGGUUGUUUUACCUGAGUUCAUUACACAAGGAGUCCUCUGCUUGCUCUAUCUGAUAACAGGGCAUUGGUUUAUGUCACUUCUAUGUGUUCCAUAUAUGUACAACAAUUACAGAUUGUACACGAGAAGGCAGCAUCUUGUUGAUGUGACUGAGAUUUUUAAUCAGCUUGAUUGGGAAAAGAAACAGAGGCUUUUCAAACUAGGCUAUAUCGUCCUUCUCCUCUUCAUAUCAUUAUUUUGGCUGAUCUACAGUGCCUUGGAAGAUGAUGAAGAGUCUCUAUAGGUUCUCUAGUUUGAGCAAAGUAUAUGCACCCUACUGAACAGCUGCAGUUGCUCGUUUAUCUUGGCUUGUCUAGUUUGUUAUUCUUGCAAGUUUAGGGUUUAGAGGGAGCAGAUUUUGUUUGCAGAUUGUAGUCUCAUACAAAAUCAGAAGCUCUCCCUCCCCCCCUCCCUAUUCAAUUCUCAAGCAACUACAGGUUUUUUUAGGUUCUAAUGUUCUACUGCAGAGUGUAAGUUAUUUUGAGUUGCAUAGUACCUUUUGUUCAAAAAACAAAAAAUUGGCUUCAAGAGUUCCACUAUGCUGCAAUGGACUUAUGAUGUUCUUUUGUUUUGCUCUCCAUUAAUGUGAAACUGCUAAUUGAGGGUGCAA